AUGGUCGCCGCAAUAAUCCUUCUGUUCUUUUCCGGAACGAGCGAUGAUGUUCUCGCGGAUCACGUGGGAAAUGUGGAAAAUAUUAAUUGGUACAAAGAGUACGGUUUUUACCAACUCGUUUCGGAAUGUCUGAGUAUGUCCUCCGUGGGGAACUGCCCGACCCACUGGUACAGCGUGCAACAGGGGGGGAAAACGUUACUCGACUGGGACGUGUCCAUGAUCGAGGACAUGUCGGACGCGUUCGCGUACCAGUACACUUUUAACGGGGACUUAUCAAAGUGGGACGUAUCUUCGGUGACGAGGUUUGAGAGAAUGUUCAACUACGCGACGUCGUACGAAGGCGUCGGCGUGGAGACGUGGGACACGUCCAAAGCGGAGUCCAUGCAAGACAUGUUUUGGGAGGCGACAAAGUUCAACGGGAAAGUUUCCGGCUGGAACACCAAUAAUGUGAUUAAUAUGAUGUGGAUGUUCGACAAGGCGAAGAGCUUUGCGCAGGACGUUUCCGGGUGGACCAAGCACGACGGAAAUGCCCAGUGCGGCUAUUAUGGAUCCAAUUACGAUUUCUCGUGUACUGGUGGCGUCGGCGCGGACACGUCGCUGAUGUUUCUAGACGCGGAAGCUUUUUUGGCGUCGUAUAAUUGCGGGGUGGACGGACCACCGAAGGCCUGCACGCCGAGCGGGAACGAUGUUUCCGCUGGGAUCGCCGAGUACGCUCCGGCGGCGACGUUUGACCUCUCGGUGUACACUGUCGAGUGGUUCAACUCAGAAGCCGCGUCGGAUUAUUACACUUUGGACGAUAGCACCAUUUGGGGCACUCCGCGAUUGGACGUCCAAUCCGGCGAAACGAUCACCGAUAUGAAGUUUGAGUUGAACGAGGAGUACGCGAAGAUGAUCGGCGGGUGCGUCUUGCCGGGCGUUUUAGUCGCCGUGUUCAUGUUCGUGUUUACUCUCCUCUUCUUCGCGUUUAAGUUUGCGACGUGCUGCAUUUGGGUGGUGACGGGAUCGUGCGAGUGCUGCUUGAGAUCGAAAAUCCCGACUGCGUCCGAGAAGACGUUCGCGAAGUGCGUCGUCGUGGUGUGCGCUUUGAUUUCCAUCGUCGGUUGCGGGUUGAUUUACUGGGGAGCAUCGGAGUUACCGCUCGCGGUCAGCGACGUCGUCAAGGGACUCAGCGACUCGUUGAACAUUUUGACGAGUGACGUGGAUAUAAUCGACGCGGCGUAUACGAACUCCGCGGCUUUAAUCCCGGACGGCGGCCAAGAUGAAAAAGUGCAAAUUUCCAACACGGUAGCGAGCGUGCAGUCGACCGUGAGCACGUUUGAAAACGAAGUCGAAAUGUACGUGGAGCAAACGGAACGAGCCGCCAUCGCGUUGGCCUCAUUUUUGUUGGUCAUUUCUUUAAUUUGCGGCGGUUUGGUCUUUGGUAACUUUAAAAAGUGUCUCUUCUUCGCCUCCAUACCGUUGUGGCUGUUCAUGUUGGUUUCGUGGAUCAUGUUUGGCGUGUUUAUGGGCGUCGCGCAAUUUUUCGACGAUUUGGAAACGACCGUGAUCGAUUGGCGAUCAGCGGAAGGGUUUUACCCGCCCGCCGCGAAUCCAAUGACGUCGUUGGACGACGUGUUGCCGUGCUUCAGCGAUCGCGUCGCUUUGGAUACGAUCACGGGCGCGAGAGAAACUAUUUACGAAGGCAUCAACAAUUUGAACACAAAGUUGAACACUAACACCGUGGCCACCGAAUAUAUCAACGCAGAAUACAAAAAAACGACGGCGUUGGAAAUGUGCGGAGCAAAGACUGGUAAGUUCAAUGAAAUUGGCGUCUCCAGUGAAAACGUGGCGUACGACGAAUACAAAGCGUUGGCGUGCAACUUGCACGAGAGAGGCUUGUUGCUCGACGGCGACGUAGCUUUCGAUGCGACGAACGCGGCUGGCUACGAUCAAGAUUGGAGCGGCGUACCGAAAUCACACACGAAGUCGUUGCAAGACGCGAGCGGGUUUUACUCGAGUAAUUACGGCUACGUUUUGCCCAUCUCCGAAGUGUCGGGGACCAUCGACAUGAUUAAUGCGUUGCCAAACAUCGACUCUUUGGCCCGAUGCAAAUACGUGCAAAGCUUUGUCGCGAAAGUCGCCGCGGAGCAGCAAGAUUACGUCGAUCCGAUCACCGGCGAGACGAUUCAAGCCCCGGACGAUUCACCGUUGAAUAGAUUGUUGAUCCAUUCCCAAACUUUAGCGGUGGCCUGGUUUUUGAUUGGUUUGUCUUACAUCAUUUUGUAUGUCGUCAUGAUGAAGUACAUGUAUUGGAUGCAAGCCGAAGAUAAGGAGAAGUUAUCCGAGGAGGAGAUGAAAGAAGUGUGGGGCUCGUACCACGAAUAA